CCGCUAGCUACAAAGAGAGAGAGGGAGACAGAGAGUGUGUCUGCAGCCCAGAGAGCAGGUCCAACUGGGGCGCUAGGUUACAUCUAGGGAGAGCGUUUACCAAAGCUUCCCUAUAGAAUAGCUUUGAAAACACAUCUUGUCCACAUAUUGUGCUCUGUAUAGAAGAAAGCUUUCACUGGACAUGGCAAGCGCUUUAUUUCUGAAGAGCCGACGCAAAAAGAAAGCUCACUUCAGUCCUGAAGAAAGAACGAAGGAAGCACAAACAGUAGCGCUACAAGGACUCCACCCUGGACUACACUACGAGAGGACGAACUCCGUGAAGAUUGUCUCACAAAAUAUCUAAGCUGUGCGAUAAAUAUUUAAGAAAGAUCGGCAUGUCACAUACCGUGAGAUUGAGGCAUUAGUAUGACGUGCAUCUUGGAUCCACAUUGGAUCCCACACAAUUUAAAAAUUGCCCAAGAGGAGGCUCGCUGGAGGUCCACUGGUUUGGUAUGGUUCCAAAUCAUGGAUGUAUGAAUAUGAAAACAGACGGAAAAGGAGGAUAUGGGUGGCCCCACAAGCCUUGUUGCAUGGAGAAUAUUUGCAAAAACAAGGAUAUCAUUUUCAACAACCAAAGUUCUUUAAGAACGGACUUUUCCUGCCCUUGGUAAUUUGAAUGAUACCAGGUCCCUCGAAAGGGGAGCAUCCUUGGGGGAGCAUCUGCAACAUCAACAACAUCAACAACAUCAAGUGCUGGAUAAACUUUUCGCUUUCGCCAGCCAACAACCGAGAACGGAGAACGGAGAACGGAGAACGCCUAGCAGCUGCGUUUUUGUUAGAAUAAAAUGAAGGUUUCUGAUUUCUAUCAAGCACAUUCUGCAAGUCACGUCAGCCCGUGCAAAGGAUGAGGCGUCCAAGAGUACUAUAUAGGGCAUCAUCAUCAGCAUCAAACGCGGCCCAGACCCAGACCCAGUCCCGGACCAGGACCCAGUCGUCGCAUCCCCAUAUUCGUCUCCAGACGACGACGGGCCUAAGUCUCAUCCGGCUGCUCGCCGUUGUCUCGGUAAUUGGAUCGCAGUUUCAUUCUGCUCUGGGCACUGGCACUGGCACAGCGAGCGUCGAGCCGGCGGCCUCCACCACAGCGAGCACACAGAACAGCAGCAGCGUCGGCAGCAGCGGCAGCCGUCGAGCCGAGAAUAAUAAUUUAUUUUUUGAUGACCAUAAUACAACUAAGGCAAUAUCAUCAGCCGCUGUUGGCCCGUCAUCAGCAACCAGCACAACCCUUUACGUACCCCAGCCCCGGCCCCAGUCGCAGUCGCAGUCGCAGGGGCAGGCCCAAAUGCCAUCGAAAACAGCGGACACGCCGCACCCAGCAGCACACUUUGCCGUACCCACAGGACUGAAGCAGGCAGCGUACGCCGUGAAAACACCAGACAGCAGCAAUGAGAUUAGCCAUAGCGCACCAAUCAAAAAUUUAAUUACCAGCCUUGAGCGCCCUGGGACAACAGACGUGCUGCCACCGACAACAGUGGCUGUGGCAGAGGCAGAGGCAACACUGGCAGUAGCAACAACAAAAAGCGCCAGGAGCACCGUUAAGCAACCCAUCGACUCCACACGAUCCCGGAACCAUUGGACAGUGGGAGGCUCCGCUGGCCAUGAGACGGAGAGGCCACGCACCUUUCGCAGCAAGCACCAUCAUGAGCACCACUGGGGGCCCUUUUUCGAGGAACCAAUCAGCUCGGUGGCCGCCGGGGAGAGCCUCGUCUCCGCCGUGCACCUGUUCACCGAGGCGGUGCUCAACUGUCGCGUAGGCAUGCUCAAGGACAAGACGGUUAUGUGGGUCAGACGCACCACCGAAAAGGUGUCGCUGCUAACGGUGGGCAAUGUCACGUACAGCGGAGAUCCGCGGAUUCGCGUCAAGUUCCAGUACCCGAACAACUGGCGAUUGCUGAUAAAUCCCACACAGCGGGAAGAUGCCGGUAUCUACAUGUGUCAGGUAUCCACCCAUCCGCCGCGGGUGUUUACCACCAACCUAACCGUUUUGGAGCCCCCUUUAAGGAUAAUUGAUGAGCAUGAACGGGAUGUGGGCGACCGAUACUACAAGUCGGGGAGUACCGUGGAUCUGCAAUGCCAAAUAUCGCGCAACUUUUUCCAAAAGGAACGAUACAACAUACUCAAGUCGAGCGAUCAUCCAGCCACACCCAAAGUACUCUCGAACGAGACGGCCGAUGAACUAAAUCUGAUCGGUGACACAAACCAAACUCAACUGAAACUAACCAGCCAGGAGCUGGAGAAAUACUUUACAAAGUUUAUUACAUGGGCCAAGGACGAAGAACCACUCCAACCACUGACCAAUAAACGCUCAAGCGUAUCUGAAAAAUGGCUAACUAGUCGCAUCUCCAUUGAAGAUGCAAAGAUCUCUGAUAGUGGAAACUAUUCCUGUUCCCUUGGCAGACUAUUUACUGUAAUUGUCCAGGUACAAGUUCUUACAGGGGAAUUACCCGCUGCUGUCCAACACAACUUGGCGCCCAGAUCCGAAGGCUUUUGGUGUCUCCUUCUAAUGCCAUUUGCUUUCCACUUCGUACUUCGUAGACGACAUCUUGACACUAGUAUGACGAGUGCUUAAGAUAACGAGAAUCAGACAUUGAUUGGAUUUCCACACACCGUUUACCUAGUAAAUAAUGUAUGUAAUACUUUCGGAUAACUUUCGUGUGUGUAAAACAGUAACAGUAACUGGCUACUUGUCCAAACCCAUAUUCAUAUAAACAAUAGGAUUUUAUAUAUCAAUUUACAUGGCAUUACACUUAUGUCAGGAUCUCUCUUUCGGCCUUCGCGUUCUUCUCCUUUACAAAACAAGAUUAGGAAGAACUUGAUGUGAAGUCUGUAUAUCAGUUUCCCCUCCCAACACCCAACACCCCUUGCCACACCUUAUCAUAUAUUGUACUUCGAAUGUGUUAGCUUUAUUUAAAGUAAAACCAAAAAAUGAAGAAAGUACAGCCUUUAGGUAUGCAAUUUUGUACAAAUUCAGUGAGCUUAAGAAGGAUUUAUUUUGUUUUGUUCUUGUGAUGUUUUCUCUUAGUUAUGAAUCAUACAACAAAUUUAACGAUGUGAUUUCG